UGUUCGUUGCUUUACAAAGCUGUUAGCUCCCACUGUCUGUGAUAAACUAGUGCACAUAUGGAUCCCAAAACCGACAAGCUGGUGAGAAUAUCUACAGUGGUUGCCACUAUAACUGCUUCCUAUUUUCUCCUCACUGCGGAUUACGGUCCUGAACCAAACGUUCUCGAUCCUAUCAAGAAGUCAUUAAAAUCAGCAGAACGUUCCAUGAAUAGGUUUUUCUUCGGCUCGGAGAAGGAAUUUGAAGACAAACACAACUCCAAUUCCGCAAAGGAACAGAAGCCAUAGUACUUCGGAUCACAAGAAGGAUAUAUCAGGGCUCCUCCGUUCUUUAAUGGA